AUGGAGUGUUUAACAUCAGGUUCCUCAUCCUCCAUCCUGGAUCUCACCUGCUCAGACUCUGUCAGGCUGGUGAAUGGGACUAGUCUGUGCUCAGGUAGACUGGAGGUGAAGUCCAACCACUCUAACCAGUCCAACCAGUCCAACCAGUGGUGGUCCUCAGUGUGUGAAGAUGACUUUGACCAGCAGGAUGCAGAGGUGGUCUGUAGGGAGCUUGGCUGUGGGGCUCCUUCAGUCCUCCAGGGGGCGCUCUAUGGAGAAGUGGAGGCUCCAAUGUGGACCAAAGAGUUCCAGUGUGGAGGCCAUGAGUCUGCUCUCCUGGACUGUAGAAGCUCAGGCUCAGAUAGAAACACCUGCUCACCUGGCAAAGCUGUUGGACUCACCUGCUCAGAACCUGUCAGGUUGGUGGGAGGAGACAGUCGCUGUGCAGGAACACUGGAGGUGAAACAUCAAGGAGACUGGAGACCAGUAUAUGGCUAUGACUGGACCCUGAAGGCAGCAUCUGUUGCCUGUAGAGAUCUGGACUGUGGCUCUGCUGUUUCUGUAGGAGAGAGAAAGGAGUCCUCAGACAGAUCUGUGUGGUUGAUCAACCCUGACUGUGUUCAGUCUGGAUCUGCUCUGAGGGAGUGUUCAACAUCAUAUUCCUCUUCCUCCAUCCUGAAUCUCACCUGCUCAGACCUGCUCCUUCAACCAAACAUCUCUGUGUCCUGCUCCACUGACGGGGUCUCCGAGGCCCAGCAGCAGGGGGCUCAGGUGCUGAGGGGCUCCACCUUCACCAUCUGCUGCUCCAUCCAGCCACAGUACCCAGGAGGCUCCUUCCAGCUCACCUUCACCUCCUCCAACUCAGCACACAACUACACCCAGCCAGCUGUCAAUCACUCUGCCCACUUCCUGUUUCCUGCUGCAGAGCCCGCCCACCAAGGAAGCUACAGCUGUGUUUAUCACCUCUAUGUUUUCUUCAUAACUUCUCCUCUGAGAGCCGUCUGCUCUCUCUCACUGUCCCAGAUCCAACACCUCUUAUCAUCAAAGCGGUCCUCCUGCCGCUGAUUCUGCUGUUGGUGAGCGUUGCCCUCUACUUCUACUGUAAGG